UCAAAUAAGGAGAUGAAACCAAUAAAAAACACAUAAAAAAGUCAGAAAAAUAACUAUAUGUGUUUGAGUUAGCAUCCAAAGAUUAGCUGAGAUUGCUAAGCUCAGUGGUGACUGGAAAUGAGGGAGGAAAUCAAAGAAGAAGAGAACAAUUUGAUUGAGUGUAAUUCUUCCAAUUCAAUGAACAAUUACACUCAAACAAAUGAAAAACAUAUACUCCUCUCAUCACUGGAUAUUAAUGGUGAUGAUAUUAAUGAUGAAAAUGGUGUGAUUUUAGGGUUGGAUGGUGGAACCACUUCUACAGUGUGUGUAUGCAUUCCUUUUCAUACCAACAACACCAUUCUUGGGAGAGCAGUGGCUGGCUCUUCUAAUCACAACAGUGUUGGAGAAUCUUCUGCCAGGGAUACAUUAGAAGCUGUUAUGGCUGAGGCCCUUUCAAAAUCAGGUUCAAAUAAAUCAUCUGUUCGUGCUGUUUGCUUAGGCAUUUCUGGUGUUAACCAUCCAACUGAUCAGGAAAGGGUUCUAAGCUGGCUAAGGAAAAUAUUCCCUAGCCAUGUAAAGUUGUAUGUUCAGAAUGAUGCUUUUGCUGCUCUGGCAAGUGGGACUAUGGGAAAGCUUCAUGGAUGUGUAUUAAUUGCUGGGACGGGGUGCAUUUCUUACGGAGUUUCUGAAGAUGGUAGAGAAGCUCGAGCUUGUGGUGCAGGGCCCAUUUUAGGUGAUUGGGGGAGUGGCUAUGGAAUUGCUGCAAGGGCUUUAACUGCUGUAAUAAGGGCUCAUGAUGGUCGUGGACCAGAGACAAUGCUGACUGAUAAAAUUUUGAAGGCACUUGAUCUCGCUUCUCCAGAUGAACUCAUUGGGUGGACCUAUGCAGAUCCAUCUUGGGCACGGAUUGCUGCACUUGUUCCGGAAGUGGUAUCUUGUGCAGAAGCAUUUGAUCAAGUGGCAAAUAAGAUCUUAUUUGAUGCAGUCCAGGAGUUGGCUCUUAGUGUGAAAGCUGUCGCUGAAAAACUUAGUUUAUGCGGUGAAGAUGGCAAUGGCUCGUUCCCCGUUGUGAUGGUUGGCGGUGUGCUUGAAGCUAAUAAGAAUUGGGAUAUAGGAAACGAAGUUAUGAAGUGUAUUCAGAAGCACCUCCCGGGUGCUUUUUCAGUUAGACCAGAGGUGGAACCAGCCGUUGGGGCGGCAUUGCUGGCUCGGAACUUCUAUACCAAAGAAACAGAAGGCUAAUAACUUCCAUUGCUGAUCAUAAAAGCAUCUUAUUCUUUAAAAAUGACUGUAAAUGGCUUGUCCACAACUUGUAUAACCACCUUUUAACUUUUACCUGUAUUUAUUUCCUACGACUACAUUCGUAGAUUUGUUCCGGAUCUGAACUGAAUAUUUUUUUUACUUCCAAAUCAAACUGAAAAAACACAUUUUUAUA